CACUACUGGGAUUAGAUGUUUUAGGUGCCUUUGUUGACAGACUAUCAGGACGCUUUAAACCCUAUAUAGGAACUGUUCUCCUGCCUUUGAUAGAUCGUAUGGGAGAUGCCAAAGACCAAGUGCGAGAGCAAGCACAGAAUCUUAUAUUGAAAUUGAUGUGUGAAGCAGCACCACCCAUGUACAUUUGGGAACGCCUUGCUGUUGGUUUUAAACACAAGAAUUACCGAUCCCGAGAAGGAGUGUGUUUGUGUCUUGUUGCUACCUUAAACAUUUAUGGUGCGCACCCAUUAAUCCUCAGCAAGUUGGUACCACAUCUGUGUAUAGCAUUUGGUGACUCCAACAGUCAGGUGAGAGAUGCUGCCAUACUAGCCAUUGUAGAGGUUUACAGACAUGUGGGAGAGAAAGUACGAAUAGAUCUUACAAAAAGAGGAAUUCCUCCUGGAAGGUUGCAAACAAUCUUUGCAAAAUUUGAUGAAAUAAGAAACUCUGACAAUAUGAUUUUAAGUAACGUCAGUGACAAAAGCUUUGAUGAUGAAGAGUCAGUGGAUGGAAAUAGGCCAUCAUCAGCUGCUUCAGCCUUCAAGGUUCCGGCACCUAAAAAGCCAGGAAAUCCUUCAAACAGUGCAAGAAAGCCAGGAUCAGCUGGUGGGCCUAAGGUUGGAGGUUCCUCUAAAGAAGGAGGAGCUGGAGCUGUGGAUGAAGAUGAUUUUAUUAAGGCAUUUACAGAUGUUCCUACUGUACAGAUCUAUUCUAGUCGAGAACUUGAAGAAACGUUGAACAAAAUCAGGGAAAUUCUCUCAGAUGACAAACAUGAUUGGGAUCAGCGAACUAAUGCGCUGAAGAAGGUUCGGUCCUUGCUUGUUGCUGGAGCUGCGCAGUACGAUGGGUUUUUCCAGCAUUUACGGCUGUUGGAUGGUGCUUUCAAGCUGUCAGCCAAGGACCUCAGAUCCCAGGUGGUUAGAGAAGCCUGCAUUACUGUAGCCCACCUUUCAACUGUUCUGGGAAACAAGUUUGACCAUGGCGCUGAAGCAAUUGUGCCUACUCUUUUUAACCUGGUUCCCAACAGCGCCAAAGUGAUGGCAACGUCUGGGUGCGCAGCCAUCAGGUUCAUUAUUCGGCAUACUCAUGUGCCACGACUUAUACCUUUAAUAACAAGCAACUGUACCUCAAAAUCAGUUGCAGUUAGAAGGCGCUCCUUUGAAUUUUUAGACCUGUUAUUACAAGAGUGGCAAACGCAUUCACUGGAAAGGCAUGCAGCUGUCUUGGUUGAAACAAUCAAGAAGGGCAUUCAUGAUGCUGAUGCAGAGGCAAGAGUGGAGGCAAGAAAGGCUUAUCUGGGUCUUAGAAAUCACUUUCCUAGUGAAGCUGAGACUCUCUACAAUUCUCUGGAGCCCCCCUAUCAAAGAAGCCUUCAGACCUACUUGAAGAAUUCUGGCAGUAUAGCAUCUCUCCCUCAGUCAGACAGGUCAUCUUCUAGCUCACAGGAGAGCCUCAAUCGGCCUCUAUCAUCUAAAUGGUCUGCAGCCAGCCCAGCAAGUCUUGCAGGCAGAGUUUCAGGCAGCAGCAAGGGCGUCCCAAGCCCGGGCACGCUGCAGAGGUCUCGCAGUGACAUUGACGUGAAUGCUGCCGCAGGUGCAAAGGCCCGCCACGCUGCUGGGCAGACAGCUGGAGCCGGGCGCCUCUCAGCAGCCGGGCUCCCCCCGGGGUCCUACGCCUCCCUAGAGGAUACUUCUGACAAGAUGGAUGGAACAGCUUCUGAAGAUGGUCGUAUACGAUCAAAGCUGUCGACCCCUUCUGUUGGUAUUGGAAAUUCUAAAACAGAUUCCAGAGGACGGAGUAGAACCAAAGUGGUGUCACAAUCUCAGCCUGGCAGUAGAUCUGGGUCCCCCGGAAGAGUUCUGACAACAACCACACUUUCCACUAUGAGCACAGGAGUUCAGAGAGUGUUGGUGAAUCCUGCAGCUGCACAAAAACGGAGCAAAAUCCCGCGAAGUCAGGGAUGUAGUAGAGAAGCUAGUCCUUCUAGGUUGUCAGUAGCGCGAGGCAGCCGCAUUCCUCGGCCUAGUGUGAGUCAGGGCUGCAGCAGGGAGGCCAGCCGUGAAAGUAGCAGGGACACGAGCCCUGUCCGCUCUUUCCCACCCCUCGCUUCCAGACAUCACUCCAGAUCCACCGGUGCCCUCUACGCUCCUGAUACUUAUGGGGCCACAGGUACUGGCUUUGGAAUUAGUCAGUCGAGUAGAUUGUCGUCAUCAGUCAGCGCUAUGCGAGUUCUGAAUACAGGUUCUGACGUGGAAGAGGCAGUAGCAGAUGCUUUGAAGAAGCCCGUGCGGAGGAGAUACGAAUCCUAUGGGAUGUACUCAGACGAUGAUGCCAACAGCGAUGCGUCAAGUGCCUGUUCAGAAAGGUCCUAUAGCUCCAGGAAUGGGAGCAUACCGACGUACAUGAGGCAGACAGAGGACGUGGCUGAAGUCCUGAACCGCUGUGCCAGCACCAACUGGUCAGAGAGGAAAGAAGGCCUUCUAGGCCUGCAGAACUUACUAAAGAACCAGAGAACUCUAAGUCGUGUUGAGUUGAAAAGAUUGUGUGAGAUCUUCACAAGAAUGUUUGCUGAUCCUCACAGUAAGAGAGUGUUCAGUAUGUUUUUGGAGACACUGGUCGACUUCAUCCAGGUCCAUAAAGAAGAUCUGCAGGACUGGCUGUUUGUACUGCUGACACAGCUGUUGAAAAAAAUGGGUGCUGAUUUGCUUGGGUCGGUACAAGCAAAAGUUCAGAAGGCACUUGAUGUCACAAGGGAAUCUUUUCCAAAUGACCUCCAGUUCAGUAUUUUAAUGAGAUUUACUGUUGACCAGACCCAAACACCUAGUCUGAAGGUCAAAGUUGCAAUCCUAAAAUAUAUAGAAACUCUUGCGCAGCAGAUGGAUCCAGGAGACUUUGUAAAUUCAAGUGAAACUAGGUUAGCAGUGUCUCGAAUCAUCACCUGGACCACAGAACCUAAAAGCUCAGAUGUUAGGAAGGCUGCACAGUCAGUGCUGAUUUCCCUUUUUGAACUCAACACUCCAGAGUUUACAAUGCUAUUGGGUGCUUUACCAAAAACAUUUCAGGAUGGAGCCACAAAGCUUCUCCAUAAUCAUCUCCGGAAUACAGGCAACAGUGGUCAGGGAUCAAUGGGAAGUCCUUUAACAAGACCUACUCCACGCUCCCCAGCAAGCUGGUCAAGUCCUCUCACUUCCCCAACCAAUACAUCACAGAACACUUUGUCACCAAGUGCAUUUGACUAUGACACUGAAAACAUGAAUUCUGAAGAUAGUUUUCGUAGUCAGGAAGAUAUGAAUGAGCCUGUAAAACGAGAUGCUAAAAAAGAUGAUGGCGACUCGAUUUGCAGUGCUUCUGGAAUAGUGGACAUGCGAGCAGGAAGUGGCGUGAGCGAUACAGGUCGGACAGCUCUGGAUAACAAAACAUCAUUACUCAACACAAUGCCUCCCCACUCCUCACCACGUGCACGAGAUUACAACCCAUACAAUUAUUCUGAUGGUAUUAGUCCAUUUAAUAAAUCUGCUUUGAAAGAAGCCAUGUUUGAUGAUGAUGCAGAGCAGUUUCCUGAUGAGCCCCCCAUGGACCAUUCUGAUCUGGUUGCAGAGCUACUAAAAGAGUUAUCAAACCAUAAUGAAAGAGUUGAAGAAAGAAAGGCUGCCCUGUAUGAGCUCAUGAAGUUAACUCAGGAAGAGUCUUUUGGUGUUUGGGAUGAGCACUUCAAAACAAUACUACUUCUGCUGCUUGAAACACUUGGAGAUAAAGAGCAUGCAAUUAGAGCUUUGGCACUGAAAGUUCUGAGAGAAAUUCUAAGAAACCAGCCAGCAAGGUUUAAGAAUUAUGCAGAGCUCACAAUCAUGAAGACAUUAGAAGCGCAUAAAGAUCCUCAUAAGGAGGUGGUGAGAUCUGCUGAAGAAGCUGCUUCCAUGCUGGCCACUUCCAUUAGCCCAGAUCAGUGCAUCAAAGUUCUCUGUCCAAUUAUCCAAACUGCAGAUUACCCCAUUAAUCUGGCUGCAAUCAAAAUGCAGACAAAAGUUAUAGAAAGAGUAUCUAAAGAAACCCUUACUCAGCUUUUACCAGAGAUUGUGCCAGGUCUAAUACAGGGUUAUGAUAAUUCAGAGAGCAGCGUUCGUAAGGCAUGUGUUUUCUGCCUUGUAGCCAUUCAUGCAGUAAUUGGUGAUGAACUAAAACCACAUCUCAGUCAACUCACUGGCAGUAAAAUGAAAUUAUUGAACCUUUACAUCAAACGUGCACAAACAGGCUCUGGAGCAGGGGAUACAGCAGCAGAUAUGUCUGGACAAAGCUAAUGAAGCUGACAAGAGUUAACCAGGUCUCCUAAAGCAAGGGCAAGGCCCUCUUCAGUGAAAGGAAAAUCCUUACAUGCAACUUCUGGAACUUUAUUCUUGUUUUGGGGUUUUUUUUCCCCUUUCUUUUGUUUUGUUUUUAUUGUUUGGGGUUUUGUUGGUUUUUUUUUUCUUUAACCAAUGGCUGUCCUCAGCCUGCAUGAGACUGAUGCAAUAGAAUUAUUCCAAAUCUAAGGAAAAGCAGUAUUAACAUCAGUUGAUCAAAGCAGAAUAAAAUUUCAAAAUAAUCUUA